GUGGGAGAGGUGGUGGUUCCAGUGGGGCAGGGGCAGGGGCAGGGCGGCAUGUUCCGGGGCCUGGGCAGCUGGUUUGGGCUGGACCAGCCGCCUGGGGAGCAGCAGAAGAAGGAGGAGGAGGAGGAAGAGGAGGAGGCGGAGGAGGAAGAGCAGCAGCAGCAGUCCCAGCCCCAAGGAGACCAGGAACCGCCCCUCCAGCAGGCCAAGGGCCUCAGCAAUUACCUGCUUGACUUUGCCAGCGCGGCCACAAAAAAGAUAUCAGAAUCCGUAGCUGAAACAGCACAGACUAUAAAGAAGUCGGUAGAAGAAGGGAAAAUAGACGGCAUCAUCGAUAAGACAAUUAUAGGAGACUUUCAGAAGGAACAAAAAAAAUUUGUCCAAGAACAGCAUACCAGAAAAUCAGAAGCAGCAGUGCCUCCUUGGGUCGACAGUAAUGAAGAAGAAACGAUUCAACAGCAGAUCUUGGCUUUAUCAGCGGACAAGAGAAACUUCCUCCGCGACCCUCCAUCCGGCGUCCAGUUUCACUUCGACUUUGAUCAGAUGUAUCCCGUCGCCAUGGUAAUGCUCCAAGAAGACGAGCUGCUGAACAGAAUGAGAUUCGAUCUUGUCCCCAAACAUGUAAAGGAGGAGGUAUUCUGGAGGAAUUAUUUUUAUCGCGUUUCCCUGAUAAAACAAUCUGCACAGCUCACCGCACUGGCAGCUCAACAGCAGGCGGCAGGAAAGGAGGAGAAGAACAGUGGUAGAGAAGGUGAUUUACAGUUGACAGAGACAGUACGGCCCAAAACACCUCCUGUUGCAAUCAAAUCUCAGCUGAAACCCCAAGAGGAUGAGGAGGAAAUAUCUACAAGUCCAGGUGUAUCUGAAUUUGUGAGCGAUGCCUUUGAUGCAUGCAACUUGAACCGGGAAGAUUUAAGGAAGGAAAUGGAGCAACUCGUGCUUGACAAAAAGGAAGAGGAAAUAACCGUAUUGGAAGAAGAAUCGGCAGAUUGGGAAAAGGAAUUACAGCAGGAACUUCAAGAAUAUGAAGUGGUGACUGAGUCAGAGAAACGAGACGAAAAGUGGGAUAAGGAAAUAGAGGAGAUGCUUCAAGAAGGAAAUUAAUUGUUUCCUUGAAAAGCCACAUAAUCCAUAAACAUUCCUAGCUAACUGACGUGAAGUUCGGCUUCGUCUCUCCAGUCGUCGCCUCAGAAGGCACAGAAGACUGUAACCCUUGUUGAAAUUCCCCACAGGGGUACGACCAGCAUCUAACGGUCCAGCUGAAACUGGGUGGGAAAAUCUCAGACUUUAGAUUAUUUCUAAUAAUCCAGAUGGGUAUGUUUUCAAGUGAUCCUUUAUUCUGAAAUAAGUUUGAGGUGGGAAAUUCUCUUCAAAUGUUGUAUGGCUUACCUGUAAAUGUAGCAGAAAUGGAAGUAAAAUUGCUGUCUUUUGAGGCUGAAAAACUGGAUAUACUUUAUCCUUCAUGCAGAAGAGCAUCGAAUUUCUUCCCAUUGGUACUGCGAUUCCUGCGAGCGUUCUUGUAAAUAUACGUUGUUGAAUUGAGAGCUCAUUCACUUUUGUCACCGUAAAAGACCAAGUUAUGCCAAAGAACACACAGAAAGCAUUUUCAAAACUACUUUCUUAAUAUCUCCUUUUGAUAAAUGCCUUCUUUAGGCCUAUCCGGAAGCCAAACAUUUCUGUAACUCAUGUUCUUUGGAAAUAGCGGUACCAAAAUCUUUGUUAGGAAGUUGAUGUUUUUCAUUUGUGUUUAACUUUUCACCUUUUUAAUUUUGUUCCUGUUCAUUUCAUCACCACUACAAAGGGUUUUUAACUCCGUGCCGUUGAAUGGCGUUCGGUAAACGGAGCAGUGCAAUUUAAA